AUGUCACAAUUUAAAAUGACGUUUGUUUCGGUAAGAUUUGUCACUCGCAGAUAUGUAUGCCAAAGCUUGAAAAAAAUUCAUACAUCAUCAUCAUCGUCAUCAGCGUCAUCUGCUGAAUAUGAUAAUAAAAAAAAGGAGGAAAUAGAUGCCAGACGCAAGGAGAUCAUGGCCCGUGGUUUGCCGAAGCAAAAAGCAAUCCCAGGUGUAAAGCAAAUUUUACUUGUUGCUUCUGGUAAAGGGGGAGUCGGAAAGUCGACAACCGCUGUUAAUUUAUCUACUGCUAUUAAAGCCGUUGAGCCAAAUAAGUCUGUGGGAUUAUUAGAUGCAGAUGUAUUUGGUCCAUCCAUACCGUUAAUGAUGAACUUACACGACACUCCGAUUCUGAAUCAAGAAAAUCUAAUGGAACCACUCCUCAAUUAUGGUGUUAAAUGUAUGUCAAUGGGAUUUUUGAUUGACGAAAAAUCUCCCGUUAUAUGGCGAGGUCUGAUGGUGAUGAGUGCUCUUGACAAAUUAAUCCGUCAGACAGCCUGGAUGCCACUGGACUACCUUAUAGUAGAUACUCCUCCUGGGACAGGCGAUACUCAUUUAUCAUUAAUCCAGAAUCUUCCAUUGUCUGGAGUUAUAAUAGUUACCACUCCACAGUCUGCAGCCCUUCAAGUAGCUAGAAGAGGAGCAGUUAUGUUUCAAAAAAUGAAAGUUCCCGUCGCUGGAAUUGUUGAAAAUAUGAGCAGUGUAACCUGCCCUGUGUGUUCGCACCAAGUACAACUUUUCGGCGAUGGAACGGAGAGCUUAGCCGAAGAACUCGAUAUAGAUUUCUUGGAAAAAAUUCCAAUGGACAGCCAAAUAUCGAAGUAUUGUGAUAAUGGAACACCAAUAGUUUUAUCAAUGCCGCAAAGCUUGAUUGCAAAUGCUUAUUACAGGCUUGCACAUACAGUGAUAGAAUUCCUAAAGAAACAACCAAUUAAUAAUACAUAGCGUAAUAAUUAAUUAUCGAAAUCUGUACUCUACCCUCUGUGAUUUAGAAUUAUUUGGUAAAAUAGGUUGUAUAUAUAUAAUUUGUAAUAAAAUUACUAUGUAAUAAAUACAUGUUACGAUUA